GGCGCCCACCGCCCAACCAUUUUCCACUUCCUGCUGUUCAAAUCGAGGUUUGUUCAUGGCGGCAGGUUCGUAGGACACAUUGUUUACGCAGCUGAACUAAUGCGUUUUCCAGUGUAGAUAAGUUCUUAUAGUUAAUGUUAAUGGCUGAAGCAAGUCCUCCUCUGGCUGAAAACAGCAAUUUGCAAGUUUGUGUAUUGUGUGCGUCGGAUUUAAAAGACAAGAGUCCGAAAUUAUUAUCAUGUUUACAUACUUUGUGUGAAAACUGCUUGAAUUCUCUAUUCCAAGUCCAAAUUCAGCAAAAGCGUCCAAACGAAGAAAAUGGAGACAUAGCGUCAGAAGAGAAAGGAGAAAAUUUGGUGUCAGAGAACUGUUCCAUCUUGUGUCCUGCCUGCAAUGCCACUGUUGAGAAGUCGUUAGUUUUAGACAACCUGUUCGUCCAGUCCACACCGAUUGUUAUUGAGGAUGAAGAAGAAAAGGAAGAAGAGAGUCACGUUUGUACAGGGUGUGAUGAAAAUCAAGAUGCUACUUCAUUUUGUGCUGAGUGUAAAGAAUGGUUGUGUGAUCAAUGCGUGAUUGCGCAUAAACGAGUACGCAUCACCAAAGACCACACCAUUCAGUCUAAAGAAGAAGCAAAGAAGAUAGAGGAUGAUGCUAAUUCUACACCUCAAAAAAUUAUGUUUUGUACUGUACAUAAAAAUGAGCAACUCAAACUCUUUUGUGAAACAUGUGAUAGACUGACUUGUAGAGAUUGUCAGCUUGAAGAGCACAAAGAUCAUAAGUAUCAGUUUUUGUCUGAGGCUAUCAAACAUCAGAGAGAGAACUUGCAGAAUGCUGUAGUGAAAUUGAAGCAAAAACUUGGAAACUAUCAUCAAGCAGACAAAAUUUUGACAUCAAAGAAUACAGAAUUAAAAUCCAAACUUAAUGACGUUUGUCAAAAUAUGAGAGAUGUGGCAGAUAGCAUAACAAAAGAAAUUACAAAGCAUACUGACAAUCUUAUUCAGUAUCUUGAAAAAUAUGUCAGUUCUAAAACAAGUGUCAUAUCUGACAAACAGCGCUUGGUGAAAGAAGCAUUAGACAAAAUGAAACACACAAUUGAAUUUGUUGAGAAUGCUUUGACUGUUGGUGAUGAUACCUCCAUACUUUAUGCUAAAGGUGUGAUGAUGAAAACCUUGCGUGCACUUGCAAAUAAUGGAAUCCCUUUCCAUCCAAGUAUUCUCAAUUAUUCCAUAUCCUAUGAACAUGAAAAGGAUUUUAUCUUGAGGAAUGUUCACAAAGCAGGUACACUGGUUAUAGACAACCAAAAAUUUCCUCCAGUUCCUGGGCAAAGACCUGCUCCUAGUUCCCAACAAGUACACACUGCAGCCAGCCAAGCAAAUGUCUACCCCCAUAGUGUGAUGCCUAAUCGCACAACAAAUGCCAGUGGUUACUACACCAGUAGAAACUCUAUACCACCUCGAAUCCAACAGACAUUUUCCCAUCUUUCAACGGAUGAGCAAAGAAAUUUGACGCAGAAAAUUUACAAUAUGUGGACUCAGCAACAAGGUCCUGAACCAAGUUCUGGGGCGGCAAACUAUCAGCACCAGGUUCCUUCAAGCCAUGUAACACCUGUUGACCAGUCGGUUAGGAAUUUGACAAAUCUGGUCAAUGGUGUACCCUCUCAAAGGCCUAUGCAACCAACAUCAAAUAUUCGCUUCCGACACACAGCAGCUAUACUGCAGUCUAAAGUAAACACGCCUAAACCACCUGGACCUGAACGAGUGGGCAUGCAGUUGCCUACAAAUAGUUUACACAGUACCAUGCAGCCCCGCCAAGCAAGCCCAAUGGGAGGUAUGGCACGACCACAUGCAUCUGCAGGGGACCCAGUCCGGUCAUCAAUUAGUCCAAGUUCUGCAGCAGAUAGAAUAAUAGCAGGGAGAACAUUUCAAGGCCAUCCAUCGGGUAAAUCUUGGAAUUUUGUUGACAUGGGUUCCCGUUUUCAUCAACCAGCAUUCUUAUCUCAUAUUGACCAGGGCUCACCAGGUCCUCAGGCAGCAUCUCACCAAAACAAGACACCCAGCCCAGCUGGAGCUGGAUUUGAUGAGUCCUCAACUGGUCAAGUGCGACUAGAUGCACGCUCACCAUCUGCAACAGGCAACCAUGUAAAGGCUGAAAAUAAACAGCUGUCUUCCUGCCAGUUUUCCUCAGCUACUAGUGAUACUUCUCCCUUGCAAGAGAGGCACAUGACCACACCCCCUCCACGAGCUUCCCCACUUCCUCCACCUCCCUUGAUCCACACCAGUAAUUUACAAAGUAAUAACACUCCAAGUCCAUCCCAAGGGAAACAAAUGCCUGAGAGUAAAGAGGAUGACCCUAAUGAGGAUUACUGUGCUGUGUGUCAGAAUGGAGGAGACCUUCUGUGCUGUGACAAGUGCCCCAAAGUUUAUCAUCUCAAGUGUCACAUCCCUGAACUUAAAGAAUUUCCAAGUGAUGAGUGGCAGUGUACUUUAUGUACAAAAGCUGAUGACAUGGUGUUGACUGAGAUUGAAAAGAAAGACUUUACAAUGGGUCCAGGAAAACGAAAGGCACCAUCAGGACUCACAGAGAAAGAACUCAGGGCUUGUGAGAGAAUUUUGUUAGAGCUGUAUACCAACAAAGACAGUGCUGUGUUUCAUGAACCUGUUAGUAAAUUGGUGCCAAACUAUUACAAAAUCAUAACCAGACCAAUAGAUUUUUCAAAGAUAAGAUCUAAGCUACAAAGACAGAAUUUCAACCACUAUAAUACAGUAGAGGAAUUCCUAAGUGAUUGUAAACUGGUCUUCAAGAACUGUGUUACUUACAAUUCUGUUGGAACUCCAAUAUAUGACCAAGGCAAAAUGCUAGAUGAAGAGUUUGAACGUCUUGUACAGAAGUUUUUGCCCUGUUAUUUUGAUAUUCUGGAUGACCUUGACACCAGGACAGACACACCUGUGAGUGAUGCAUCAGAUGGGGGACCAGGAGAGAAGAAGAAGAAAAAGCGAUACGAAGACGAUCCUGAUGCCUCUCCCGUUCAUAUUCACUGAUACUGUGGCACAUAGUUUUUUUUUUACCAUUGUUUUUAAUUAUGAUAACAUUUUGUUCUUUUGAUGCCACUCUUUUAAUAUGGUCAUUGAAUUUUUUAUGUUUCUGAGAAAAUUGUUAUGAUUUCCUUUAUAUGUGAACAGUAAUGGACUUUGUCCCGUUGAUAAUAUAAAAAAAAUUGCAGAUUUAAAAACUCAAUGAAAAAAACGGUAUUUUCCAAUCAACAUAAUGUUCACCGCAGGGAAAGUAUUAUAUGAAGACAACUAUUUUUCUACUUUACUGAUUUGUAGAUAGAUAAUCAUAUUAAUUUAUGAGUGUCAUUUUACUUUUCAAUUGUUUGAAAAACCAUAGACUCAUUAAGUGAUUGUAAAUUUUGUCUAUUAUUAGGAAUGAUGUUAGUGUGUCAAUGCUAAACAGGUAACAAAGUUUGCAUUUCAAGUGCGUUGCCUUGAUAUUUCAACAGAGUUACUGAUCUUGAAAAGAGUUGUACAUCAUGUAAUAUCUCAUAUUACCACUUACUGAUUUUGGACACAUUAUUACGUGUACAGUCAUAUGAUAAAUUGUAUAGUGAUGGGUUCACCGUCUUUUCCUGUGUAUGUUUUGUGUUGAGUUACCAUACAUAAUUCUGGUCCCAUGAUGAUGAUAAAUAAAGCAUUUUAAAAAGUCA